AUUCACAAGGAUUGUGUGUCCUGUCAACGGAUCUGCGAGUUCUGCGACUCUGUUUUCGUCGUUAAAGCGCGUCAUCCUCGUCCAUGUCUCGCGCGCGGUUAAUAUUUUUUUUCUAAUCGACGACGAUUCCUUUUUUUUUUAGCAUAAAUUAGUCGGAAGUGAUAACUCGAUUAUUAUUAUAGGUACGGUUUUAACAAUACUUUUGUAAAGAAACCAACGUAAACAAGCUAGCGAGGAUGUCGACAACAUCCUUGUCGUUGCUGGCAAGCUAUGACGAGCUCGUCCGGUGCACCAAUGUCCUCAUCAACGGAUCCUGUGAAGGAGAGUUUCUCCAGUUUGCUAUUAAUCAAGAGGAAAUAAGACAAAAGUGGUUAGCUUCUGUGCAAGAAUGUCAACGUCUUCACUCUGCCUUAGAAAAGGCUCAUCAUGAAGCAGCCAAUUUGGAUAGAAAAUUGAACCAUGCCAGACGUUUAUUGGACGAAGAAAAGAAAAAAAGGAGGCAUGCCGAGGACCAGCGUCACGUAUUAGAAAGACAAAUCACUUUGGUCAAAGACUUAUUGUUAACUGAUGGUGGUAGAAACUUGAAUGAUGAAACUAGAGAAAAACUUCAGUUUUUAAACAACACAACGCUCAAUGGACGACACAGCUCUUCACACAUGAGAGAUCAUCUUCAUGACAAACUGAAUACAAUAACAGAAAUGGACUCAACUGGUUCGAUACUAAGUGAUCUUAGUUGUUUUUCCAAGUCUGAGGAUGAUUUAGACACCAGCAUAAUAAUACAGCAAAACACCAAGAAACGCGAAUGGAGAGAGCACCGCCCGAGUGGCGAGUACAUAACUAACAAGAAGCGUCGUAGCGCUUUGCAAAAAACAGUAGAUCUAAACAGUUCGGACAGAAUAAUUGCAACGACGACGGUCGUGGUGCCAAAAGAUGGUGCCAUUACGGCAUCUUCGGUCAUCGAAGCUGUUCCUGGUGAUGAGAACCAGGAUCCAAAGCCAAACUCAUUGUCUAACGAGAACUCGCGUAGAAAACGUAAGAGUGUCAGUGUUGAGCGCAGAAGCAAGUCUAAGAGCCUUAUCUUGGAUCAAGAAAUACAUCCCACUCCUUCUGCACCUAAAAAGGAUAUUAUAUCUUCAAAUUCAGACACGGAAAACAAUUUUAAGCCCAGUCCAAAUAUUGGUGGCUAUGUGAUGAAUGCCAAAACUACUAUGAGAGGUCAUAGUUUUAGAGAAAAGCCUGUUAUGAUUCCCAAUAUACUCUGCACACCUUGUGGUAAAAGGAUACGUUUCGGCAAAGCAGCUGUCAAAUGCAUAGAUUGUCGGGCUGUUUGUCAUUACAAAUGCAAGGAACUUGUGCCUCUUCCGUGUGUUCCAACCGGAAAUACACCCACGCUCCGUGGUGUUUCGGGAACUAUUGCUGAUUACACUCCGAGAUCCUCACCUAUGGUACCGUCCCUGGUUGUGCACUGCAUUAACGAAAUCGAACUUCGCGGUAUGAAUGAACAGGGCUUGUAUCGUGUAAAUGGUGGCGGUGCCGAUGUCAAGGCUCUCAAGGAGAAAUUCCUUAAAGGUCGAGGUGCCCCCAAUCUUUCAGAUGUUGACAUUCCAACGAUAUGUUCAACCCUGAAGGACUUUCUCCGCACUCUCAAGGAACCUCUGAUCACCAUAGGGUUGCGGGACGAUUUUGCUCGGGCUGCUAAUAUGGAAGACAAAGUAGAUUCCGAGGCAGCGCUGUAUCAGGCCAUUUCGGAACUACCUCAACCUAACCGAGACACUCUUGCUUUCUUGAUAUUGCAUUUGCAAAGGGUGUCAAGUACACCUGAAUGCAAGAUGCCCAUUACCAAUCUUGCUAAGAUUUUUGGACCUACUUUGGUUGGAUAUAGCAGUGUGAACCCCUCACGCAUGUCAAUACUCAACGAUACCGUGGAGCAAGUUGCGGUCGUUCAAUGUUUGCUAAAUUUACCAUCAGAUUAUUGGGCGAAUUUCGUUAAUCAAGACCACUUGAAUGAUGUGCCAUUGAGUACGCCUAAAACCUCAUCUUUAAGACAUACUCCUUCAACUGACUCUCUUACUACUUUAAAACGCACAGACUCAAGAGGAUUCUUUCAAACACCUAUGAGUACAUCGAAAUUAUUCAGGAAGAAUAAAAGAUACUUUGGAACUCCACCAUCAAAGCAAGUACAUUAAAUAAAAAUAAAAGAGACUGUAGUUCUACAUCUAUUUUACAGUCACACUGAAUGGACUUUUAACUUUAUAAGAGCUUUUUUAAACGAACAAACUUUUUAUUUAUAAGUAUUUAUAAAAUUAUUUUGAAAUGGAGAAACUUACUAUAAGCUUGAGAUAUCUUUUUAAUUGAUUGAUUAUGUUGUGUAUUU